AAAUGCAGAGAACGAAUUCUGAGUAUGGUUCACCAUACUUAGCUGUAUGUCAUGUCACUGUCACAGGUGUAUAUAUAGAUACAGAUACAACAGCUACAAAAAAUACAUGUUGUAUGAAGAAUUGUACAGGAGUUCAGUUUAUGUUUUUCUUUUAAUUAUUAAAAAAAAUGUUAAAUUUACCCUGAUUUAAAAAACCCUCUCUCUAUAAUGACGCCACGCGCACUCGCGUCAUUUCCGGGUUCAGCACGCAAUCUGAUUUGCUACUGUAGUUUGUUCAGCAACAAAAACAAGCAGAGAGACUUAGAGAUCGCUCGGGUCGGAAAGAAGAAUGAACGUUCUGUGACUGGGUUCAUGUGAACCGGCAACCGGAGACUGAAACAUAACAUUGCACUUGUAAAGCUGAAAAGGCAAAAGGAAAGAUGGAGCUGGACAAUGAGGAUGAAAAAAGUCGCACUCUGGUUCAGGUCAUCAGUGAGAAGUACAACCCUGAUGACUUCCCAUACUGCCGUGGGCCUGGUGCUGGUGUUGUGAUCCGCACCAGUCCUCAGGGUUCUCCAAUCAAAGAUCGUGUAAAUCUGCCCAGCGUGCUGGUUCUGAAUAGCUGUGGAAUAAGUCACGCUGGAGAUGAGGAAGAAGUGGCGACAUUCUGCGCUCAUGUGAUGGAGUUGGACCUGUCUCAUAACCAGUUCAGAGACUGGGGAGAGAUCACUAAGAUUCUGUCUAACAUCCCUCAUCUGGACUUUCUCAAUCUGAGCAUGAAUCCUCUAAAGGGCUCCAGGAUAGAGCCCGGAGGUGCUGAAGCCUUCUCAAGUCUCCGCCGCCUCGUCCUCAACAACACACACAUCUCCUGGGACAUGGUGCACAUGCUCACAAAAGAUAUCCCAGAACUGGAGGAGCUCUUCCUGUGCCUGAAUGACUAUGAGUGUGUGAACUUGUCACGGGUUCCCUGCCCAUCGCUGCGCCUGCUGCACAUCACUGAUAAUCUGCUGCAGGACUGGGGCGAGGUGCGCAAGCUGGGCCUCCUGUACCCUAAUCUUACAUCGCUCAUCCUCGCUAAUAACUCUCUCUCCUCCAUCCGUGAGUCACAGGACUCCCUGCAGUGCCUGUUCCCGAACCUGCACAGUAUAAACCUGCACAACUCAGGUCUAAAUAGUUGGGAGGACAUUGAGAAGCUCAAUUUCUUCCCAAAGCUUUCGGAGGUUCGUUUAAUGGGCAUCCCUUUAUUGCAGCCUUACACUGACCAAGAGAGACGAUACCUUACUAUAGCGCACUUGCCUUCUGUGACUGUUCUGAAUGGAAGUGUGGUGACACCUGGAGAAAGAGAGGAUGCUGAACGCUUCUACAUCCGCUAUCACCUCAACUCUCCUGAGGAUGAGUUAUCAUGCAGGUUCCACAACCUUGUGGCCAAUUAUGGCCGCCUGGCACCACUGGCAGAGGUGGAUUUGCGUCCAUUGAGCUGUGCCCAGGUUGAGCUGCACUUUGGGGAUAACACCAAGCAGCUGGAGCUCCGGCUGGAUCAGACUGUAGCUGACCUCAAGAAGCAGCUCAAGCCUGUGGUGCAGCUGCCGGUCAAAAUGAUGCGUGUCUACUACAUUGACAGGCAGCUGGGUUAUGCGCUAGCACCUCAGGAGCUCAAGUAUGGAGCCCGAGCCCUCCAUUCCUACAGCAUACGGGAUGGAGAUAAGAUCCUUGUAGUGCCAAAGAGUCAGUAAAUAUAAAGUGAUAUGAUCACAGAGACAGUGCUUAAAAGAGAACAUUUAAAAAAGGAGAUAAAGAUUAAAGCCAGUGUAUAAUGAGAAAUUUCCCCACUGUGGGACGAAUAAAGGUAUACAGUGAGGAAAAUAAGUAUUUGAACACGCUGCCAUUUUACAAGUUCUCCCACUUAGAAAUCAUGGAAGGGUCUGAAAUUGUCAUCGUAGGUGCAUGUCCACUGUGAGAGACAUAAUCUAAAAAAAAAAUCCAGAAAUCACAAUGUAUGAUUUUUUAACUAUUUAUUUGUAUGAUACAGCCGCAAAUAAGUAUUUGAACACCUGAGAAAAUCAAUGUUAAUAUUUGGUACAGUAGCCUUUGUUUGCAAUUACAGAGGUCAAACGUUUCCUGUAGUUUUUCACCAGGUUUGCACACACUGCAGGAGGGAUUUUGGCCCACUCCUCCACACAGAUCUUCUCUAGAUCAGUCAGAUUUCUGGCCUGUCGCUGAGAAACACGGAGUUUGAGCUCCCUCCAAAGAUUCUCUAUUGGGUGGAGACUGGCUAGGCCACGCCAGAACCUUGAUAUGCUUCUUACAGAGCCACUCCUUGGUUAUCCUGGCUGUGUGCUUCGGGUCAUUGUCAUGUUGGAAGACCCAGCCUCGACCCAUCUUCAAUGCUCUGACUGAGGGAAGGAGGUUGUUCCCCAAAAUCUCGCAAUACAUGGCCCCGGUCAUCCUCUCCUUAAUACAGUGCAGUCGCCCUGUCCCAUGUGCAGAAAAACACCCCCAAAGCAUGAUGCUAUGGAAUUAUGACCAAAAAGUUCUAUUUUGGUCUCAUCUGACCACAUGACUUUCUCCCAUGACUCCUCUGGAUCAUCCAAAUGGUCAUUGGCAAACUGAAGAUGGGCCUGGACAUGUGCUGGUUUAAGCAGGGGAACCUUCCGUUCCAUGCAUGAUUUCAAACCAUGACGUCUUAGUGUAUUACCAACAGUAACCUUGGAAACGGUGGUCCCAGCUCUUUUCAGGUCAUUGAACAGCUCCCCCUGUGUAGUUCUGGGCUGAUUUCUCACCUUUCUUAGGAUCAUUGAGACCCCACGAGGUGAGAUCUUGCAUGGAGCCCCAGUCCGAGGGAGAUUGACGGUCAUGUUUAGCUUCUUCCAUUUUCUAAUGAUUGCUCCAACAGUGGACCUUUUUUCACCAAGCUGCUUGGUAAUUUCCGCGUAGCCCUUUCCAGCCUUGUGGAGGUGUACAGUUUUGUCUCUAGUGUCUUUGGACAGCUCUUUGGUCUUGGCCAUGUUUGUAGUUGGAUUCUUACUGAUUGUAUGGGGUGGACAGGUGUCUUUAUAGAGCUAACGACCUCAAACAGGUGCAUCUAAUUUAGGAUAAUAAAUGGAGUGGAGGUGGACAUUUUAAAGGCAGACUAACAGGUCUUUGAGGGUCAGAAUUCUAGCUGAUAGACAGGUGUUCAAAUACUUAUUUGCAGCUGUAUCAUACAAAUAAAUAGUUAAAAAAAUCAUAUAUUGUGAUUUCUGGAUUUUUUUUUUAGAUUACGUCUCUCACAGUGGACAUGCACCUAUGAUGACAAUUUCAGACCAUUCCAUGAUUUCCAAUUGGGAGAACUUGCAAAAUAGCAGGGUGUUCAAAUACUUAUUUUCCUCACUGUAUCUUAUACAAUUAGAUCAAAUCAGUUUAUAAAUCAGUCUUAUGGAACAUCAGAGAGAAAAAGGGCCUAAAAGUUGAACGUUUACUAUGUUCAACUUGGGAAAUCUAAUGCUGUCCAGCAGAAAUUAUUUCUAAAGAACUCUGAAUUGGGAUAUAAGCUCUUCUAUUCUUGUUACACUAUUACUUUUGAAGAUGUGAAAGUGGUGUAUUUUUUUAGAUGCACCACUGAUAACAGAUUUUAAAGGUUUUAACUCAUCCUGUUGAUAGUUUCUUGUGUUACGCAUACAAUAUGCAUAUCUGCUUGAGACUCUCAACAACAACAAAUCCAAUACAUUUUCAAAAUGUAUUUUAGCAUUUGUAAGGUGUACAACACAAACUAUUUUUAAAACACAAUCCUAUAAUACAGUCUCACACAUAGAUACAUAUAUCAGUGUAUACAAAAUUCACAAAGCUCUCAUUAUAAACACUUAUUUUAUAUUAAGAUCCAGUUAAUAAAUGCUUGCAUAGAGAUAUUGACAGAGUGAGUCUUAUAAGGUCUCAUGCUAUGAGCUACAGUUUUUCCUUAAACUUCAUUCCUGUAUGGCUCCCUGCUGCUUGGGUGGUUAAAGAAGGAAAUGCUGCCUUAGCCUUUCCUAGAGGUUAGCACUGUGUGAUGAAUGGAUCAGGACUGCCCUAGUCAACGGUGUGUUUGUGUUUGAUUGCUGCAGAACACACAGAUCUUCGGCUGGGGUAACACCGCCUCAGUCACACAGCCAGGACGGCUUUCUCCCUGCUUAGAUUACAAUAGGGUUACCCACCACACUGAAAGCUCUCUGGGUUCAUGUGUCUCUUCACAUGCAAUUCACAUCCUCAUGCCUAGCUUCCCUUAAUAAGACCACUUAAUGUUUGCAAUGGGGUGGAACUCAGCUUCACAUCACAUGGGAAACUUGUCACUUGAUAUUCAUUUGCCUGUGCAACCUUCCUUUCCCCCCCCCAUUUAUGCAGAGAUGCCUUUGAGGCUUUUUGAUGAUUACUGGUCCUCUUGGUCAGUUUCCUGUGUCAUGUUGUUGCACAAGUAAGACUUGAUAUGCCAAGUUAGUAUUUGUCAAAGUUGACUCACUCUGAAAAAUAGACGAGCAUGAAUAAAACUGCUGUCAUUUGGCUAGCAAACCAUCAGCAGUUGUAUUUUAUGUGCUAUUCGUGUAGAUUAUUUAUUAAGGUUAUUAAUAAGACAUAAUUAUAAUAUCCACAGUAUAUUUAGGAUUUUUUUAUUUUUUGUGAAGAAAAUAAGAGUUUAUUCAAAAUGCAUGUUUUAUGGGUUUAAUUUUAUGGUAUAAUUUUAUGUGCAACACAGAUUUCAAUGAAGUGAAUGUUUGUUUUUUAAAUGUACAAAAAUUGAACUUUUUCAUGUUUGUUUUCUUAAUAUGUAAUUUUUGAGGUGAAGCAUAUAGAGAAUUCAGGCUUUAUGUAGCCUUGUAUGUGUUGAAGAAGGCUAGACACAUGCAUUUGAGCCAAGUCAUGUGAUGAUACUGAUUUUUGUUACCAAAGGGAAUUUUACUUGUUUUCACAUGUAAUGCACAGCUGUAUAAAAAUUGAUGAACAAUAAUGAACGAACAGUACAUCAUUACUGCCAAUGGUGUCAUCUGUUUUAAAAUGAGGUUUUUCUAAUUUUAGGUAAUCUUAGGUUCUUCAUUUCUUGACCUUCUACCAAUUCCCAGCAAUGUGGCUCUAAUCCUGAACUGGUUUCUAGUGGUGCUUAAAUGGGCAGAUUGUAUGCUAUUCCAUAAUGCAUACAUUUAGUGUUAUAUUAUUACAUGCUUUGGACUUAGCAGCAUCAGGAUCAAUCAUUAUUGCUAUAUUACAUCCAAUGUGCAUUUUCUUCCCAAGGUAAACAGCUCAUUUGUGUAGUAUCUUACAAUUGUCCAAAUUAUGUCCUACCACUGCUCUUUGAGGUCUUUCUCAAAUAUUGUUCUCCCAGUCCUUUCAUUAUACAGUUUACCCCUUUAAUGAAGCUUGUUAGCUAAUUGGAUCAGUUUUAAUUCAGUCUCUGAUUGUUGAUUUUCUUUAUUCUGGAUAUUUUCACUGUGUUCCAAUCCUAAAGUGUUGAUUAGCUGUUGAAAAGGGAUUAAGUGCUAAUGUGUUACUGACAGGUCUGUUUAUUCUUGUGUCAUUGCUCAGUGUGCAACUGAAAUGUUCAUGAAUUUUGGUUCUGUUAUUUUGUAGCUGUUGUGUGUAAUAGACAUAGACCUUGAUAAAUACUUUAUGAUUUUUUUUCUACAGAUGCAAACAAAGAAAAACAAACAAUGCAGAAAGCUCUUAGUUGUAAGACCUCAAAUUAAUUCACUAGAGAAGCUGAUAUUAACCAGUGCAAAUUAAAGCAACAAAAUGA